AUGAUUGCGUCCUCCCCCGCUGGUAGGGCGAAGACGGAUCGAGUGGCUUAUUUGGAGCGUGGAAUGACGAUGACUGAUGUGGUUGCCCAGACUGAUCAAGAGGGGGCUGGAUUUGGUGCGUUCGUGGGACGGCAUAUUGGUCCCGACGACUCGGAAGUCGCGUCGAUGCUCGCCGCGGUGGGUGCGGCGGAUAUGGACUCGUUCAUCGAUCAGGUCGUUCCCGCCGCGAUCCGUAUGGAUCGCGAACUCGAACUCCCCGCGGCUCGCAACGAGCGCGUGCUGCUGCGUGAUCUGCGCGAGAUUGCUGUCAAGAACAAGGAGCAUGUCCGCAAAAUGCCCGGCCGAUUGGUGGGUGUCUCGAUCGACUCGCAGGGCAAACCAGCGCUGCGCCUCGCGGUCCAGACACGCGAACAGCACAUCAAGCGCGAUCGCGCGACGAGCAACAUCUGCACGGCACAGGUGCUCCUUGCUGUGAUCGCGUCGAUGUACGGCGUCUACCACGGCCCCGACGGACUCAAAGCAAUCGCACAGCGCAUCCGACACCUCACUCAAACCCUGCGCGCCGGACUGCUCGAGCUCGGACACGAGAUCGACGAAGACUUGGUCUUCGAUACGCUCCGCGUCAAGGUCAACGGAGAUCCGAACGCGGUCCUCAAAGCCACUCGCGAUCUGCGGAUCAACCUCCGCGAAUUCGGUGACGGCACGCUCGGGAUCACGAUGGAUGAAACGGGCGACGAGCAACUGGUCAUGGACCUGCUCGCGUCGUUCGGUUGCGAUGGUACGUGCAGCUUUGAUGCGCUGAGCGAGCAAGCAUGGAUGGAGAUCCCGGAAGUCUUCGAGCGCACCAGCGCGUUCAUGACCCACGAGGUGUUCAACACACACCGCUCAGAAACCGAGAUGCUGCGUUAUAUCUCCGAGCUCCAAUCGCGUGAGCUGUCGCUGGCGCAUUCGAUGAUCCCGCUCGGAUCGUGCACGAUGAAGCUCAACGCGACGAGCGAGAUGAUCCCAGUCUCAUGGCGCGAGUUCGCGCACAUGCAUCCCUUCGCGCCGGCAGACCAGUGCGAGGGAUACUUCGAGUUGUUCAGGCAGCUCGAAGCAUGGCUCGCGGAGAUCACUGGAUUUGAAGCCGUGUCGCUGAUGCCCAACGCGGGAUCGCAAGGCGAGUACGCGGGAUUGCUCGCGAUCAAGGCGUACCACGAGAGCCGAACCGACACGCAGCGCAAUGUCUGUCUGAUCCCAACCUCAGCCCACGGCACGAAUCCCGCAUCCGCGGUCGUCGCGGGGAUGAAGGUCGUCGGGGUCAAGGUCGAUGAAUCGGGAACGAUCGUGUUUGAAGACCUCGUCGCACAAGCCGAGAAACACAAGGACACGCUCGCGGCCGCGAUGAUCACCUACCCAUCAACCUGCGGCGUGUUCGAUGACUCGAUCCGCGAGAUGAUCCAGGUCGUCCACGACAAGGGCGGGCUCGUCUACCUCGACGGCGCGAACAUGAACGCGCAGGUCGGUCUCUGCCGACCAGGUGACUACGGCGCUGAUGUCUGUCACCUGAACCUCCACAAGACCUUCUGCAUCCCCCACGGCGGUGGUGGACCAGGCAUGGGACCGAUCGGGGUCAAUGACAAACUCAAGCCCUUCCUUCCGGGACACCCAGUCCGCAACCCAAGCACCGGUGGCUCGGUCGGCGCGGUCAGUGCUGCACCGGAAGGGUCCGCGAGCAUCCUCCCGAUCUCGUGGGUCUACAUCGCGAUGAUGGGUAAGCGUGGACUGACGCAAGCAUCCAAGGUCGCGAUCCUCAACGCGAACUACAUGGCCGAGCGUCUCAAGGAUCACUACGACAUCCUCUUCCGCGGUGCUCGCGGACACGUGGCGCACGAGUUCGUGAUGGACUGCCGAGCGUUUAAGAAGUCCGCGGGGAUUGAGAUUGAUGACAUCGCGAAACGCUUGAUCGACUUCGGAUUCCACGCGCCAACGAUGAGUUGGCCCGUCCCCGGCACGCUCAUGGUCGAGCCGACGGAGUCGGAAUCAAAAGCGGAGCUCGACCGCUUCUGCGAUGCGCUCAUCACGAUCCGCAACGAGAUCCGCGACAUUGAAGAGGGCAAGAUGCCCAAGGACGACAAUCCGCUUAAGGGCGCGCCGCACUCGAUCGCCGCGAUCGGAGCGGAUGAGUGGACGCAUCCAUACUCACGCGACGUCGCGGCGUAUCCCGCCGAGCAUCUGCGACGAUUCAAGUUCUGGUCACCUGUGGGACGCGUGGACAACCCCUACGGCGACCGCAACCUCGUGAGAGAUUCGGGAAUGAGAUCCAUUAUCCUUGCCAGCGUUCUGAUGACGCCGUUUGUUUCCGCAGCUGCGACGCAGCCUUUCAUGGAGUUCCAUGUCCAGGGCGUCGUUGAUGAUUCAGUCAAUGACCGCGUGAUCCCGGUGGACUUCCAGCUCGUCUUUGACACCGCCGCUCCACCUUCACGCAAGCAAGGGGAUGUGAUCUACUUUGAUGCGAUCUCCGCCGAAUCAGUCCACUCAACGCUCAGUGCUCAGCUCACGCCGAUGAGGUUCGAAUCAAAGACCCUCGAUGUCCCGCUCGCAGAGAGCAUGAUUUAUAACUCAUCAACAGGUGUGCUCGUGCUUGCUUCGGGAUCGCAGCUGUUCGGGAUAUCACAUCCAGUCGGUCCUUUCAGCGGAUCGAUGACGUCUCUCCCAGACGAUCCGAUGGAUUACGCUCUGGAUACAGGUGUGUCUACAGCAGUCUUCGCGCUGACAGCGGAUACAGGUGCCACAAUCACUUGGAACCUAGCCGCUGGAUUUACAGACCCAGAGGGGCAGCGGCUUGGUGCUUUUACAAUCGCUGUUCGACUGGUGGACGAUCCAAACGAUUCAUGCAUAGCCGAUCUCAACAAUGACGGCGCGCUCAACUUCUUGGAUGUUUCUCACUAUCUUCAGCUCUAUGGAGCGGGAUGCGAUUAA